CUUGACUAGGUUCGUACUAACACCACCAUAUGCCAUUGCAUUAUGCUCCGAAGCGGGCAAACACCACGAUCGGGUCAAUAUGGCAUCCGACUGUAGAGUUAUAAGUCGACAUGAUCGUCGAUUGGUGAGAGCAAUCAUUCAGCAGCAACGACAUCGCUACUUCAAUUCUCACUCAAUUAUCAAGCUCCUCACCUUGCGAUUCAGCAAUCGCUCCAGACCAUAUCGACAGUCAUGUUCAAUCCAACGACCGCCCGUCUGCCUCAGGGUAGCACCAUCUACAUCACUGGUGUGACAGGAUACAUCGGCGCCUGGAUCACGCAGUAUGCUCUCGAACUUGGGUACAACGUCCGCGGCGCAGUUCGCUCUCUCGAGAAAGCAGCUUGGCUACAGGAGCAUUUUAACUCCAAAUUCGGGCCAGGGCGAUACACCCAAGUCCUCCUCCCAGAUUCAUCUGACUUGAAGGCGUUCAAAGAGGGUAUCAAGGGCGUUCAAGGUAUUGCCCAUGUCGCAGUCAAUACCAACCGUUCUACCGAAGCCGAACCCUAUAUUCCCGACAUGGUCAAUGAAACCAUCAACAUCCUGAAGGCCGCUCAAGCAGAAGCAUCAGUCAAAGCCGUUGUCUUCACUUCCACUGCUUUGGCUUCCUCAGCCUGGGGCGAAAAAGGUCAUUUCAAGGAGUGGCAAUACAAUGAAGACUUCAUCAAGUACGCCUACGAUCCCAACUUUCAGCACCCUUCGAAGGGUUUCAUCGUGUACGGUGCUGCCAAAGCAAUGUCAGAGAAAGCAGCAUGGAAGUACAUGCAAGACGAAAAGCCGCACUUCACUUUCAACACUAUUCUCCCAAAUGCCAACUUUGGACCCUCGCUAGUUUACGAGAAGCAAGGACAUGCUUCUACAGGAGGCUUUCCUAAAGCCGUCUUUGACGGUGAUGAAGCCAUUGUCAAGGGCGUGGUACCCAUGUAUCAUAUCGACGUUCGCGACGAUGCGAGGCUGCAUGUCGCUGCUCUCGUCGACCCGCAGACGGCUGGCAGACGGCUGUGGGGAUAUGGCGAGCCCUUUCAUUGGAACAUUGUACUCGGUAUAUUCCGCAAGCUUUGGCCUCAGAGAAAGUUCCUCGACGAUGUUCCAGGCUUAGAGUUGGAUGAUAGUGUGCCGCCGACCGAGGGCGCACUUAAAGCGCUCAAGAAUGUGUUCGAUCAAGAUGGUUGGACUUCGCUUGAGAAUUCUCUGAAGGACGCUGGGCUAGAUCGGGAACCACCAGCUGGGUCGCAGAAGAUAGAUAUCUUCAAUUAAAAGGAAGAAACCAGGGCGAUGAGAGUGGUGAGCGUUGGCGGAGUAAGGCGAUGUAGAUCAAAGCGAGUCUGAUCGCAUGCGCGAAAGGAUAUCGUUGAUCUACAUCCCAUCUCCUGUCUCAAUUCACCGCUGUCUGUUUGGCUAGCUACAAUGAAUUAUGUUUGUCAUUUGGAC